GAGGCACGAGGCAUUUCUGCUUGAGGACGACGGUGGAACGUGGCGAACACGAUGGUCCAUGCGCUGUCGUUCCUCGGCGCCGCCAUUGGAAUCGUGGCCGCGUCAUCGGCAUCAUUUGGCACCCUUGUUGAGUGCACCUCGACUGGAGGAUGUCUGUGGAUGGGCAAGCAGAACGAACUCGUCAACGAUCAACGGAUGUUAUACGACAUGCUCAUUACGUACCACCACGGCGACGACUACGCUACGGCGAAGCGCAACCUGCAGACUCACAUCCAGUACAUCGAAGCCGUGUACACACAUGCGAACGCCUUGAACCAUGACAUGACAGUAAAGCUCGGUUUGAACGCGCGACACUUGUACGAAGACGCCUCUGCGCUGGGCAACCCCAUGGACGCGGUAUUGGUCAACAUGCAGGGCAAAGAUGUGGAUCGCCGCCUCCAAGCGUCCACGGCCGUGUCAACAGCUGUUGGUGGCGCCCCGCUUCCCGCCACGUUGAACUGGUGCACCGAAAACAACCCCGAGAAGCGAUCGGUAUGCUCUGAAGUCAAGAGUCAGAAGCUGUGUGGGUCGUGCUGGGCGUUUGCCGCGACGGAUCUCAUCGAGACUGCGGUAUCCUACACGACCAAGAAUGUCCCCGUGUCACUGUCGUCGCAACAGCUCUUGUCGUGCAGCACGACCGCCGAAGUCCGCACAUACACGUACUGCUUUGCCAAGAGCGGCAACAUACCAACUUGGCUGGAGCCAACCAUGAAGUGGGACUCGAAGAACAACGGGUGCUCGGGCGGCAUGACGCACAUCGCACUAAGCGACGCCGCCAACAAGAUCAAAAACUUGGCGACCCGCAUCGACUGGCCGUACUCGGAUGCAGGCAUCGCGUCGUCGACCGGCGGCCCAGUCCAACCUGGGUCGCCCACUUCGACCAUCAAGACCAACAGCACGAACAGCUCUGUCAACCCCCUCAAUACGUGCUCGACUACACGUCCGGCCGCCAACGCGGCGGCGCACAUCUCAGGCUGGGCGCCUGCUCUAGACGCGUCGUCUUGUGCCGACACCAAGGACCCGAUCGUCCUCCUCAAGCGCGCGCUGCAGCAAGGACCGUUGGCUGUCGCAGUGAAUGCGAAAGGCUCGUUCAAACAGUACAAGGCUGGCCUAUACGUGUGUGGUUCGAUCACGAGCGCCGACCAGAUUGACCAUGCCCUCUUGCUUGUGGGCUACGGAAGCUCAGCUGACGGCAACUACUGGAUUCUCAAGAAUUCGUACGACGUCGACUGGGGCCUCAGCGGGUACAUGUGGCUCAAGAUGGAUGACGGGCUCAACUGUGGCUUGAAUGUUUUUCCGAUUCGAGUCCAAGGAGCGUCGGCUGGCCCUGCCGCGAAUGUAACAGUGGACGGCGGUGGCAGUCUGACCUUUGCCGGCGCCAACAUGAUGACGUGGGUCGUCGUCGGAGCUGCCACGGGGGUCGCGACGGUUGUCUUGACCAUUGUCGGCGUUUUCGUGGCGCGCAAGCGCAUGCAGAAUAUGCACCCAUAAUGCAGCUCGACCUAAUGAAUGUGGCCGCUAAUAUAUAUGACAUCAAGAACAAU